UCAUGCGAGCUACGAACACGACAGCGGAUUGCGGAGUGAUGUAAACAACGGAGCGGACAGGAGUUGAUACUGGGUAGCUCUAACAAUUCCUGUGAAACUUGUGCUUGCAUCUUUUUUUCUCUCGCCUAUGUACUACACUAGGCAUUAUUUUAGGAGCAGGCCUGAGAAGUGAGAAUAGAGGACAGAUGGCUGGCUAGUGCUGAUGGAGGUGGAGGCUGUGGUCAUGUACAUCCCUUGCUGAGAGGAUUUGAACCUGGCGGAUGUGCUGGGCUUGGUGCUGGUGUGAUGGUGACAGGCCACGCCAGCAUGGCUUCAUAUAUGUGAUAUCAAAUCAGCUGGGUGGAGGAGCUGCGAAGUGGGAGCCAGGAAUCGAGGCAAGCGCGCGGGACGGCUUCUCGGGGACAGUGACGCCAUACUUAAGGGGAGAAUGAGCAGUAAUAAAGAAAAACAAGAUGGGUUACCAGAAAUUUAUUUAAGGCCUUCAUACCAUCAUGGCCAAGGACAAGGAGCUCAUACCUUCAGUGACACUGAGCCCAAUGUUUGGGAGGACACUGACAGUGAGUCAUGGACUGCUGUGGUACCAGAAGUUACUGUCAGUUCACCUCCAUUCACUGCCUCUAGUCUAUGCCAGAGAGAGGAAAUAGAAGGUGGAUCAUCUCUUGAUAUGCCAGUUGGUGGAACUUUUCAAGAAAGGGAGACAGAGACUAAUUCAGAAGUAACUCAGGGUAGUCCAGAAGCAGCUGUGCCACAGUCACAGGAAUGUGAACAGAAGACACAGUUGGAUACAGGCAGAAGCCAAAUUCCAAAGCAAAGAGGAGAAACUCCUGGCUCGGAUUGUCCUCCAGUGGCUGGGAUCACUGCUUUUGUAAGAAGAUUUGGACAGCCACUAAAUUUAGAUACUCAAACCCAAGUAGCUCGAAGCAGUGAGCUUAUUUUCUCCCCUGGAGGAGACCAGGGAUUCAUAGUACCUGGAGGUGUUCAUGCCUACUAUGGCAGCACCUCUGACAUAGAGACUCUUGAGUGGGCAGAUAAUGGUGGUUUAGCUUUGGUGCCCAUUCGUGAUGCAGUUGAAGGUGCAGAUGCUGGCCAAUCCCCAGACCAGGCCAUGGACAGUAGUGUGGAGGACCUAGAACGCAAUUCUCCAGCUGGCCUUAGUACUCCAGAUGCAGAAGUAGAUCUAUCUGUCAAUUCAGGAAGAAGACUGGGUAGCAAAAAACCCCAGAAAGGAAUCCGACCCCCAGCAGUAGGACAGAGUGAGGAGGUGUUGGUGCAGGCUUCCCGUAAGGACUUGGGAUCAACUGAUGGUGAAGAGUCUGAGGAAGAAAUCAGAAAAAAAUCACAACCUGAGGCUACAGCAGCCAGUCUGAAUAAUGCAGAGGGUCAGUUGGGAUCCCUUGGUAGUCAGUCAGAAAACACAGACAGUUUGAGUACAGUUCUAGAGAUGAAACGGGGUGAGGUGCAAGGCUGUGAAAGAGACCAUGUUUCUAGCACCACAACUGCUACAUCUGCCCCUGGAAGUGAGGCAUCCCUCAUUCAGCCAACAUUUAUUGUAGGUGGUCUUAUUAGUCCCCGGGGAAAGUUGAGACAGUUCCAGGAUGCUGUGAGGGGCAGGAUGCAGGAUGUAAAGGCCUCAUUGAACUUGGUAUCAAGCAUCACUGAUGACCCACUGGACCGCCAGCACUACUUGAACCAACUCCCACUUUGUCCUUCAGUUCCACCCUCUGAGCCGGAAGUGUCUUUGGCUUCUUUGGUUUCAAUGGAGUCCACAAAUCCUCCAGAAUCUUCUGAUAGAGUAACCUCUCCCUCGGUGCUCUCAGUUUCCAGUGUUGCUUCCAGUAAACGGAUGGAGUGGGAUUCAGGUGCUGAUGUUGGCUAUCUAGGAACAAAUACACAUGUGACUCCUGCUGCUUCACUCAGCACCUUAGAGAGAAUUGCACUUGGUAGUUAUGCAUCUGUGCUCAGGACAGAACCAGAAGGCACAACCCAAGCCAAGGAAAAGCAAAGAGGGAUGAAAAAAGGAGGAAAGUCUGGAACCAUAAAAAGCAGUACCAAAGGGACCUCAAGCAAGUCUACUACUGAUCUGCCAGCAUCCUCCCCCUUGCACUCAGCCAGGACUCAUCAGAACCGGGUAGACAAGGCUUAUUUGUCUUCCAGUGAAGAAAACUUAAGUAACAAAUUAUCCAGCCCAACACAGAGUCCCCGCCGGCGCUUACGCCGCCGGGCACUGCAGACCAGCCCUCAAGAUGCAGAGGUCCCGCUUAGGAGAUCCAACAAAGCCUUGCAUUCCAUUAACAGGGCACUCAAGGAAACCAAAUUAGAACAUGAUAGGGAAGGUAAAUCUUGCAGUUUAGUGGAGCUGGCCACACCAGCAGUCAGUUCUGAUCAAUGUCAAAGGAGUAACAGCCAACAGUCUCUACCUUCUGUGAGGUCCUCACACACCAGAUCCAGUGUCAGUGGUGUGGCAGAAAAAGUCUUUUCAGGGACAGUAACCAGUGCCUCAUGGAAUAAAAAGGGGGAGCAAAUGGUAACCAACACAUCCACAAGCACCAGCACUCUUGUGCAGAGUAUGUCACCUCUCCCAGUGGCUGGCACCUCGGCCUGCACCACUGUCAACCCUGCUACAACAGAUGUCUCGCAACACCAGCCAGUAGAAAAAAAACACAAAUCUGUAACAGGUGAUUCAAGGUGUAGCUCCACAUCUUCUCUUACAAUACAUGACAAAGAAUAUUUACGUUAUCAACAUGGAAGGCCAUCUUGGACUUCAAGUGGCAAUGACAUCAGUUCCAGAUCAGAAACAAGCUCACCUGCAUGGCUGCCCUCACACACUGACACUGAAAGUCUUACUUCCCGGCCACUCUCAACUGAUGAGCUUGGUGACCUGAAGGCUCGCAAAAAUAGUGAAAAUGCAAAAAAUCACGAAUACAUGGUUAGAAGAGGUAGCAAUAGUGACUUAGAAAGCAGGGACAUGAGAGAAGAUAGCAGUUCCUCUAGCCAAGGACACUUGACGGACCUUCAGAAAGUUGCUGCAGAUGUUGAAUCAACUCUAGAGAACCAAGUGUCCCUUCAAUCCUUCAACAAUGCCCUCCAUGCACUGUCAGUCAAGCUUCAGGAGCAUAUUCAGGCUCUGCUAGACAAUGGUUCUCUCAGGAAGGUGCAAGAUUAUAACAAAUUACAAGAUUAUGUACGUUUUGUGGGCAUUCCAUCUGUCACAGAAGAAGAGUGUCGACUAAGGCAAGGUGUAGCGGGUGUUAUUACUCGUAUGUUUGGAGAAAUUGCCUUUGACCAUCCUCAGGUCACCACUGACACUUCAAACACUUUCACAUCAGAAACUUCAGACUCUCAUGCUGGUGAUCAGAGGCACCCCACUCCAGGAACCUGUGAAGAGCUGGACAUCCCAAUCCCCUUGGUCGAAUGUGGCAGCAAGAAGGAUGAACAAGCAAGUGAUAACAGGGAGCAGGGACAGCAGGACAGUGGAGGGAAUGAGAAUGACCAGUGUCACACUAGAGAACAGAAAGAACAGAGAGAAAGAGAGGAACAGGAGAAAGGUGUUGUUGAGCAAGAUCGGUGCACAACUCCCGGAGGCACUGUGGUGGUUGUACCAUACCGUCCCCCGUCUGCCUCACGCACAUACUUCAUGGCUGUGUCACACGAAUGGGAAGCAGGUUUGGUGGAAGGAGAACACGUCCCUGCUGUUGUUAAUGCAGACUUGUCCCGUGGCCAGGCAGAGGGCAAGCAGGAGGAAAAAACUCCAACAACUCAUGUUACACCUCGCUUACCAUCUGAGAAUAGUUCCAUCAAUGAAUGUGAUUCUGAAAACCUUGUCAAUGUGGAGGGAGCCAUAAUUAUGGAGGAGAAUCACAGGGCACUCUCCAGCCUCCCUGAUGACCAAUACCAGUUAGGAAGGAGCCAGGACAUUGGCAGUCCUCAUUCUGAGUCUUCUCCAGGCCACAGCAACAGUUCUCCGCUCCACACCUGGCCCAGGGAAGAGCCCAGCAGUAGCCAGUGGUGGGCAGGAGGUGGCAGGUGUGAGCGGCUGUACCAGGAUCGGCAAGGUGGCUUGCAUGUAGCUCACCAGCCUCCAGAUUACACUGAUGACCACGACGACAGCCAUCCCAGCGAAUCCCCCUCAGAUCAUGACCACCACCACCACCGUCAUCACAGUGGAGAGCCUGGAAGGCUGCCCGUCCAUCCUUGGACCAGCUCAGGCUCAGAAUCAGCUUAUGAAACUAUUAGAGAGAGACACAGACAUGUGGAUGAGGCUCUGGCAUCCAGCUUUGAGUUCUACUCUACCUCUCCACGUGAUGCUCGCUUACUUGGCUAUGUCUCCAGUGAGGGCCAGGAGGAAGAGGAGAGGCAGAGAAUUGAAUCUCCUGUCCCACCUGAGAGUUCUACAAGAAGUGAUUCAGCCACUCAAUCCAAAACACUGAGUCGGCCUUGGCAGCACCAGCAACAGUCUGAAAGCCAUAAUUCUACUCCUUCAAGUUGCACAGAUGCCCAAGAUGUGAGCUGUGAGAUCUCCUUCAUUCAGCUUCAAAAGCAGAAGUAUGUCAGAAAGAUUCAGCGGCACAUCCAUACUCUUGAGAAACUAGAGAAAGCCUUGUUGGAUCAGCUUGGAGACAGCAUUGGUUCUGAAGGUGCCUUUAAGCAGAAGGUGACCAAGGCUAACUCUGGCACAGGAUCUGACACCACUGGCAAUAUGCAGACCCAUAACCUCCUGGGUCAUUCAGAUACCACAACUAGUAGCAUCAUGUCAAGUGAAGAUAGUACACAUGCAACCAAAAAACAGAAACAUUUGUCUCAUUAUCCUAGGAAGGUUUCAAGAAGCACUCAUUUCUCAGGUCAAGAAAAUUCAUUUCCAUCCAAUGAUGGAAAGGGAGAAGAUACAAAGCUGUCCCAGGGACCUUCAGGCAUUUCCCAGUCAUAUUCAUCUUCACCUAGAGUUAAUAUCAGUCAAUUGAGCUCUGACGUUAACAGUUCCAGAGCUUCAACGAUGAGGCAGGUGGAGGAAGAGGUCAGGAAGCUGGCUAGCACUGAAGAACGGUCACGAAGAACUGUACUACAGUCUCAUCCCAGCCCCAGAUCCUGGGCUUUACACUCCCAUAACAGAAAAAUACCAUGGGAAAAGGGAGACGCUUUACAGUCUGGGUUCAGCAGCCAGAGUGUUCAUAGUUAUAGCCCAGAAGUUACUUUGUCAGGUCAAAGGAGAUCUUCAGCAGUUGAAUCCUCUGCUGUCAGGACUAUAGCAGGUGGUGGCAGCAGUUCUGAGUUACAGUCAGCACGAGCUCUUCCUAUAUCUGAGGAAAGUGGCAGUGAUCUGCCUGCCUUGGAGGACCAGAUAUCUAGACAGGGUGAUGGCAGGGAGUCCAAGGAGAAGAAUCACAUUGGAAAAGUUAAUCUUGCUACAUUCACAAGUGGUAGAACGUUGACUUUCAAGUCACCAGCAGCACAAGGAGUUCCUGUUUCUGAAUCUCCCACUGGUGAUGAAAUUGUAUCCAAGGACUUUGGACAGAUGUUUCCAAGCAAUGAGUGUAUUGCUCAGAGGAGUGAAAGGAAAGGGGAAAGUAUUGGAGUGCAGACUGGUGACUCACUCUUGUAUGUGGGAAAGAGUUCCAGAAAAAGGGGAAGCAGGAUCUCAGUCAGUUCCAGUGAGAGGGAAAGCACAACAGAGUCACUGAAAAACAAGAAUUUGGGUAAAGUUAAACAGACUUCCCAAGCCAAUGAAGACACUCGGUACACUAAAAAGCACAUUGGAAAAUCCAGCCAUGGAAAAAUCACAGAUAAGAUUAAAUCUGUUUCAAAUAGGAAAUAUCGUGCUGAGAAGACUUACAAAUCUAAUGAAGUCAGCAAGGAUAGGGCAGUGGUAAAGGGGAUGAAAAACAAUAGAGAAUCAAGAUCUAAAUCAUGUGAGCAGUUAAUCAAUGAAAAAAUAAGUGCAAAAAAAGGAACUUUAAGGGACAAGCCUAUGCCUUCAAGAAAACAUAAAGAUGUAACAAAAUCAGAUAAAGAGGAAAGAGCAAAACUGGAGAACAGAUCAGUGCCCUUUAAAGGUAAACCAAGACCAAAAUCAGGUAGUGAAGACAGGACUCUUAGUAGUCAGUCUUCCUUGUCCCACUCAGUUGAGAGCAUCAGCCUGGAAUCCUGUGAAUAUGGUGGAACAUCAUCAAGUAAGGCUGAGUCAUUUCAGAAUGAAGGAAAGUAUUACGAUAGCAAUGAUGAUAAUAGCUUCUCUACAGAGUGUUCAAAGGAAAUUGAGCAGCUUCCACAAUCUGACCUCACUGGUAAUAUCAGUGAAGACACCAGCCAAAGCCACCAUCCUCCUCCAAGGAAACAAAAGUACAACAAAAAGGUCCAGUCCAGCAUUGAAGAACCUGUAGAGGGCCUCAAAGGAGGGGCUGAGGAGUCACCAGCUUCAGAGCCACCAGGAUGGUUGUCGAUCUCUCCUCCCAUGCCGAAGGACAAAUCUAAACAAAAAGCUAAACCUUCAAUAAUUAGUGUUAAAAAGUCCAAAUCAACAAAGAAUUUCAACUCUCAUAAACCAACUCAGAGCAAAGUAGAGGAAAACCUUAAUAGAGCAAAUCUUAUGAAAAACCACAUACAGGAAGUGACAGAGUCUCAUGUCACUAGCAAGAACAAUGGCCCAGCAAGACUUGGGGAGCAUACAAAGCCAGCCACACUGAAAGUUGGAUGGGUAAAAGAUAAAGAAAUGUGUGAACAGAAGAAACCAGUCACAUUUGAAGUAACUUUUCUUAAGCAAACAAAUGAAUAUGUAAAGUCAAAGCCAGCAGCCUUCACCAGUACCACCAACACUGCCAACACCACCACUAUUCACUCCACUAAGAAAACCAUGACACUUCAGGAAGCACUGGCCAUGGCUCGACCAGAUUACCUACGAGAUGCAGGUGACCGCACUGCUCUGAUUCGACUGAAGCGUGAGAUGCGACAAGCAGCUCAGACCCAAAACCAUCAAGUGCUGGCUCAACUGCCUCCCAAUUUACAGACUCCUUCUACUCUCCAACGCUUCCUUUAUAAGUCAGAUUUGGGGCCACUUUUCUCCUAUAAGGAUAUUAGGGAGCAGAACCAGAGGCUGUACAGCUUGCUGCCAGAAGCCAAAGCACCAGGAGCCAGGCAGCAUCUUUCUGCCGUUCGCCACACAAACAGACUCCUAGCCAAUCUUUAUAGCCAGCGGCUGAGGAAAAAGGUGAUUCAAGGACGGGUCUCUCAUGCCCACAAGGAGGUGGUCUCUCCCCUGGUGCAUCGUGCCCUUCAGCAGUGAGCCUUCUCUCCUACCAAGACACACCACCUGUAUUCUAUAUCAUUAACUAGUGACAAAUUGGGAGUGUUUCAUUGAUUUAUUACAUUUCUGGUGUUUGCAUUUUAUAAGAAUUGUGCUCUUUGUAUGUUGACUGCAUGACCUGAUACUCAGUAGUUUUUUAUUCAUUGCUUAAAUGUAUAUACUCAUAUUUAGUGGUACAAAAUUGCUUUUGCAGUACAAAUGUAUGUUAAUGAUAUAGUACACUUACAAAUUUAUUAUAAAGUCUUUAUACUUAUUUAUGUACAGUGUAUUUCCAUAUUCUCUGCAUGCUUUAGAAGGAUAUAUGAAAGGAUCAGGAGCUGUAAGUCACUUUCCAUGGUACCUGAAUGUACUUGUAUAGACAUUUCGUCUUGAUCAAUACCUAUUAAAAGGAAUAUUGGCACAACACAUGCUUAUAUAGUAUAUAUAUAUAUAUAUAUAUAUAUAUAUAUAUAUAUAUAUAUAUAUAUAUAUAUAUAUAUAUAUAUAUAUAUAUAUAUAUAUAUAUAUAUGAAACAAAAUCACCAUCUCAAGGAUAAAUCUCUUCAUAUCAACAAAAGUCUUGGCAGUCCUAUAGAAAUAAUGUAGCUGAGUUUAUCACAUGCGUGCCAGUGAAUGCACACACACACAGUACUACUAGUUGAUGUCACUUACCUGUUGUAUGAUAUAAUAGUAUGUGAUCAUCCACUCAAACAAACUAUCAUGUUUUUACUCCUCUCUAAUUUAGAAGGUUGAUAUUUACAACUUUCUUUAGCAGGAGCAUUUUGGCUUCCAGAUUUAGGUGUAAGAAAUUCAAAAUUAUAUACAAAUAUAUUUUGUUACUUUGAAAUAAACUAUGUACAUCAGAAA